AUGGCUUCUCUGAAUAAUACCCGACUUUUCCUACUCUUCGGCUUUGCCUUCAUGCUAUCCCUGGCUUCGCAGGCCCACGGGGGACAGAUUGCCGUCUACUGGGGACAGGGGAACAAUAAAAACGAGGGAACCCUCAGGCAGACCUGCGAAACCGGCAGGUACAGCUACGUCAUCAUCGCCUUCCUCAACGAGUUCGGCGAGGGCCGGGCCCCCAAACUCAACCUCGCCGGUCACUGCGAUCCUGCCUCCGGCGGCUGCAUCAGUGUCAGCGACGGUAUCCGCGCCUGCCAGGGCCGAGGCAUCAAGGUGCUCCUCUCCAUCGGUGGCGGCGUGGGCAGCUAUGGCCUCUCCAACCCCAACGACGCCCAGCAGGUAGCCAGCUACCUAUGGAACAACUUCCUCGGCGGACAAUCCAACUUCCGCCCUCUCGGCAAUGCCGCGCUUGACGGCAUUGACUUCGACAUCGAGCAAGGCUCUGACGUUUUCUACGGCGACCUCGGACGGGCGCUCAAGAACCUCGGCCAACAAGCCGGGAAGACGGUGUUGCUAUCCGCCGCGCCUCAGUGCCCCUUCCCGGACCGGUUCCUCGGUAGAGCCAUCAACACUGGAGUCUUUGACUUCGUCUGGGUGCAGUUCUACAAUAACCCACCGUGCCAGUACUCGAACGGGGACACCAGCAGGCUCAGGACGGCAUGGUCAAACAACUGGGCCAACAUCCCCACCGGCAAGGUGUUCCUGGGGCUUCCCGCUGCCCCCGCGGCUGCAGGCAGCGGCUUCCUCCCGCCCCAGGUGCUGAUCUCCCAGGUUCUUCCAGCGAUCAAAUCUUCUCCCAAGUACGGGGGUAUAAUGCUGUGGAACAAGCUGUUCGACGACGUUACCGGAUACAGUAACGCCGUCAAGGGCAGCGUUUGA